AUGUACGUAUGUUUGCUACUGACACCAGUGCGCUCGAAUAUCCGCGACCUGGACAAGGACCAUGACAAGACGGAAGAGGACAUCAAGGCGCUGCAGUCUGUUGGCCAGAUUAUCGGCGAGGUGCUACGGAAGCUUGACGAAGAACGCUACAUUGUAAAGGCGUCGUCUGGCCCGCGCUACGUCGUCGGUGUGCGCUCGUCCGUGCCAAAAAGCAAGCUCGAGCAGGGCGUGCGUGUUUCGUUGGACAUGACGACGCUCACGAUUAUGCGCGUCCUUCCGCGCGAAGUAGACCCGAUGGUAUACAAGAUGAGCACAGAGGAUCCCAAUGGCGCUUCGUUUGCAGGGAUCGGUGGCCUCGGUGAGCAGAUUCGCGAACUGCGCGAGGUGAUUGAACUUCCGCUGCUUAAUCCCGAGUUGUUCCAGCGCGUGGGCAUCAAGUCGCCCAAAGGCGUGCUCUUAUACGGCCCUCCCGGAACAGGCAAAACGCUGCUUGCACGCGCCGUCGCUGCCACGCUGGAGACCAACUUUCUCAAGGUCGUCGCGAGCGCAAUUGUAGACAAGUACAUUGGCGAGAGUGCCCGCUUGGUGCGCGAGAUGUUUGCCUACGCGAAGAGCCAGGAACCGUGUAUUAUUUUUAUGGACGAGAUUGACGCCAUCGGCGGGCGGCGCUUCAGCGAGGGCACGAGUGCCGACCGUGAGAUCCAGCGCACUCUCAUGGAGCUUCUCAACCAGAUGGACGGCUUUGACCAGCUGGGCAAGACCAAGGUGAUUAUGGCGACCAAUCGCCCCGACACGCUCGACCCCGCGCUCUUGCGCCCCGGGCGCAUCGACCGAAAGAUUGAGAUUCCCCUCCCCAACGAGCAGAGCCGCCUCGAGAUCCUUAAAAUCCACACGCGCCCGAUCGCGAAAAAAGAAGAGCUCGACUACGAGGCGAUUGUCAAGCUCUCCGACGGCUUCAAUGGUGCGGAUCUGCGCAAUGUUGCAACCGAGGCCGGUAUGUUUGCCAUCCGCUCCGACCGCGACUACUGCAUCCAAGAAGACUUUAUGAAAGCCGCGCGCAAGCUCCAGGAAGCCAAGCGCCACGAAAGCAAGUCGGACUACACUGCUAUCUAA